UCCUUUUAUGCAUCAGCACACACAUUUUGCUUCUAAUUUUACAGGUUAAUCUAUGCUUGAAUUUACUAGUUGCACGUCAACAAUUGAGAAGUUCAUAUUACCAAUUGUUAGAUAUUGCAGGUGGUAAUACGAUGAAGGUGAACACAAAAGAGUCGAUCAUUGUCCGCCCCGUUCAAGAAAUGCCUAAACAAUCGCUUUGGCUCUCUAAUAUGGACUUGCUGCAUCCAAGAUACUACCUCCCUACAGUGUACCUCUACAAGCCAAAUGGCUCCGCCAAUUUUUUCGAAGCUACAGUGCUUAAGGAAGCCCUGGGAAGGGUUCUUGUGCCAUUUUAUCCCGUGGCUGGAAGGUUGGCAAGGGAUGAAAACGGUAGAAUUGAAAUAAACUGUAAUGGGGAGGGGGUGUUGUUCGUAGUGGCCGACACAGAUUCUACUACUGAAGAGCUCGGUGAAUUCAUGCCUAGCAUGGAACUUCGACAACUCAUUCCAACAGUUGACAGUAAUUUAGAAGACAUAUCUCCUAACCCACUUCUUCUUCUACAGGUAACCUCGUUCAAAUGUGGCGGAGUUUGUCUCGGAGUUGGGUGGCAUCACACUCUAGCAGAUGGCACUGGAGCUCUCCAUUUCAUAAACUCUUGGGCUGCUUUAGCACGCGGCCUUUCUAUCACUAUCCCACCGUUGCUUGAUCGAACCAUCCUACGUGGUCGGGUGCCACCAAAAUCUAUUUUCCAUCAUGUUGAAUAUGAUCCACCACCUACCAUGAAUACUCUUAGCAAAAACACAAAAUCCCAUUCUUUGGCAAAUUUCAAAAUUACACUGGAUCAUAUUAAUUCCUUAAAAGCAAAGGCAAACAACGUCGAAAGCGAAACCAAGUACACCACCUAUGAGAUCCUAGCCGCGCACAUAUGGCGUUCUAUAUCGAAGGCACGUAAUUUUCCUAAAAACGAUCAGAAAACCAAAUUACUUAUAUCGGUCGAUGGUCGUUCCAGAUUGAAUCCUCCACUUCAGUCUAGCUACUUUGGUAAUGUGAUAUUUACAGCUUCUCCGAUUGCUCUAUCCGGUGACCUUUUAUCGGAAUCAUUUAAGUGCACCGUAGAAAGAAUUCAUAGAGAGAUAAAGAAAAUGGAUGAGGAGUAUUUAAGAUCUGCUCUUGACUACUUGGAAGAGGUUGGUGAUGUUGGUGAUGUAAACACUAUUGCUCGAGGUUCUGCAACUUGUGCUUGCCCAAAUCUUACAGUUGUUAGUUGGAUGCGAUUGCCUUUUUAUAAAGCUGAUUUUGGAUGGGGUGCUCCGUUGCUUAUGCGUCCGGCAACGAUGUUCGAAGGUAAGGGAUACAUACAUCCAAAUCCAGCCAACGACGGGAGUUUCUCGUUGGCUUUAUGCUUGGAGACUGAUCAUAUGGAAUCCUUUCGAAAGCUUUUCUACGAAUCUUGAUUUUAUAAAUAAACAGA